ACAAUCUUCUUACUGGUGUAUCCCGGAUCAUGUGAUUGAGACUUCCGCUCAAGUCACCUGAUUUGAUGUGACGCUAUUAAGGAAAAAAAUGGCUGCGCAUCUAUCGUACGGCAGAGUAAACUUAAACAUAUUAAGAGAAGCGGCACGAAAAGAGCUUCGAGAAUUUUUGGACAAAUGUGCGGGAAGCAAGGCCAUAGUUUGGGACGAGUAUCUGACAGGACCCUUUGGACUGAUAGCUCAGUACUCUUUGCUGAAGGAACAUGAAGUGGAAAAAAUGUUUACCCUCAAAAGUGGCAGGCUCCCAUCUGCAGAUGUCAAAAACAUCAUCUUCUUUGUCCGUCCCAGGCUGGAACUCAUGGACAUCAUUGCUGAGAAUGUAUUCAGUGAAGAUAAGAUGCAUUCAUCUCGAGAUUUCCACAUUUUGUUUGUGCCUCGGCGGAGUAUGCUGUGUGAACAACGGCUGAAGGAGCAGGGUGUGCUGGGCUCUUUUAUCAACAUUGAUGAGUAUAUCCUAGACCUGAUUCCUUAUGAUGGUGACCUGCUCUCCAUGGAGUAUGAAAGUGCUUUCAGGGAAUGCUACUUGGAAAAUGACCAAACAAGUCUAUACCACACAGCCAAAGGCCUCAUGACCUUACAGGCACUUUAUGGUACCAUUCCACAAAUAUAUGGGAAAGGAGACAGUGCACGGCAUGUCGCCAACAUGAUGUUGCGAAUGAAGAGGGAGUUUGCUGGCACCCAGAAUCAGAUUCUGCCUGUGUUUGAUACACUUCUCCUGCUGGACCGUAAUGUUGACCUGCUCACCCCUCUGGCCACACAGCUCACCUACGAAGGUCUUAUCGAUGAGAUCUAUGGAAUAAACAAUGGAUAUGUCAAACUACCUCCUGAGAAGUUUGCGCAGAAGAAGCAAGGUGAAGCAAGUAAAGAUUUACCCACAGAGCCCAAGAAGUUGCAGCUUAACUCAGCAGAAGAACUGUAUGCAGAAAUUCGGGACAAAAAUUUCAAUGCUGUUGGUGCAGCACUCAGUAAAAAGGCCAAAAUCAUAUCAGCUGCCUUUGAGGAACGCCAUAAUGCUAAAACAGUGGGAGAAAUAAAGCAGUUUGUGUCUCAGUUGCCUCACAUGCAGGCAGCACGAAGCUCGCUGGCUAACCACACUUCUGUUGCAGAGCUCAUUAAGGACAUAACCACAUCUGAGGCCUUCUUUGAUAAUCUAACCGUGGAGCAGGAGUUUAUGACAGGUGUGGACACUGACAAGGUGAACACAUACAUAGAAGACUGUAUUGCCCAGAAGGAUCCAUUGAUCAAGAUUCUGCGUUUGGUGUGUAUGCAGUCAGUCUGCAACAAUGGCCUCAAACAGAAGGUUUUGGACUACUACAAGAGGGAAAUACUUCAGACCUAUGGCUAUGAACACUUGCUAACCCUGAACAAUCUAGAGAAGGCCGGUCUUUUAAAGCUGCAGACAAGCUCAAGGAAUAACUACCCUACUAUUAGAAAAACCCUUAAACUGUGGAUGGAGGAUGCAAAUGAGCAGAACCCCAAUGACAUCUCAUACGUCUACAGUGGCUACGCUCCACUAAGCAUUCGCUUGACUCAGGUGUUGGCGAGGCCUGGUUGGCGUAGCAUUGAAGAGGUGCUGAAGAUGCUUCCAGGCCCACAUUUUGAAGAGAGACAACAGCUUCCAUCUGGACUUCAUAAGAAACGCCAACAGGGGGAGAAUCGGACAACGCUGGUGUUCUUCCUUGGUGGAGUGACGUAUGCAGAAAUAGCCGCACUCCGUUUCCUGUCUCAAAUGGAAGACAGUGGGAUGGAGUAUAUUAUAGCCACUACAAAACUCAUCAAUGGCACAACUUGGAUCAAAUCCCUCAUGGACCGGCCUGAUUCACAGAUGCCCUGAUUCAGCUCAGUGUACAGAUGGCCUCAUCAAAAACACCCAAUUCAUCAGAAACCUCUCCUGCUAUUAUGCUUUUGAUUUUUGUUUGUUUUAGAUCCACAACAGUCUUUAAGUAUUUAAUAGAUGUCUGUAAGCUCUUUAAAGGUGCCACAUGGAGUUUUAUUUCAGAUGUGUUAAAGGUAGUCCUUUUUGACCAAAGGCAGUUGUGUUGAUCACUGGGCACUUUAGAUUACAAUAUAAUAAACUGGAUUAAUCCUACAGGGGUUUUUUUUUAACAUCUCUUUGUCCUCUUGUUACACACCUAAUACUGUUUCACUAUGGUGAUAUUGUAUAUAAGUAUGUAUUAUGGAAAAAACGGUGGCCUGUUUGUAAAGAUUUCAUGCACAACACGAUUAAAGAUGCAUUUUUAUUUGCAUUUUAAA